GAGCCUGCAGGGAGCGCCACGUCGCUCGCGGGCGGAGCGGCGCAGGAGGCAACGAGGCGCGCGCCCCGGGCCCGGAGCGCGCGCCCCGGGAGCUCGGAGAGGGCCGUCGGCUGUCGGCUGCGCUCCGAGGGGGCGAUCCUCGGCGGGGAGGAGACCCGGAGGAGGGGCGGACGAGCCAGGCAGCCAGCCCGCCCGCCCGCCUGGGCGCUGGGCGAGGUCCGCCCCCCGGAGCGGCAGCACCCCCAGGCCGCCGCGGGCAGGCGAGGCCCCCCGCCGCGCCGCUGCCAUGUGGGCGCCCGCCCUCUUCUUGGGCCCCCUGGCCGCGCUGCUGCUGGCCCUCUCCGCCGGCCGCUGCCGGGGGCUCUCCUUCCACCUGCCCCCGCAGAGCCGCAAGUGCCUCAAAGAGGAGCUGCACCGGGACGUGAUGGUCACCGGGGAGUACGAAGUCUCCGAAGCGGUUGCGCCGGGCAUCCGGACGGACUUGAAGGUGACCGACUCUGCGGGACACCUGCUGUACUCCAGGGAGGAGGCCAAGAAGGGGAAAUUCGCCUUCACCACGGAAGAUUACGAAAUCUACGAGGUCUGCUUUCAGAGCUACGGACAGCCAGGGAAUUUCCGGCUCCCAGACCAACUGGUCACCCUCAAUGUUAAACACGGGGUAGAAGCAAUGAAUUAUGAAAAUGUUGCAAAGGCGGAGAAGCUGAAACCGUUGGAAAUAGACCUCCGGCGGCUGGAGGACCUUUCAGAAUCCAUCGUCCGAGAUUUUGCCUUCAUGAAACAACGGGAAGAGGAAAUGCGUGAUACCAAUGAAUCCACCAGUGUUCGUGUUUUCUACUUCAGUAUCUUCUCCAUGCUCUGCCUGGUUGGCUUAGCAGCUUGGCAGGUGUUCUAUCUAAGACGGUUUUUCAAGGCCAAGAAACUAAUCGAGUGACGGAGAGCCGUUCCAGGAUCCCACCCUUCCUGGUCUCCUCGCCUGAUUGUGCCAAGUUCUUGGGACAACCGCUCUGUCUCCUAAUUGGCCCCAAAAUCUCAAUGGGGCGACACGGGAAUCGGACUGGAUCUCUUUCUGGCCACAGACCAAUUGGCAAACAGCCCCCGUCCCUGCUUGGGUGUGUGUUUUUUUCCUCUCUCAGACCAAUUCUGGUGGUUUUCUCACCAUCUCUGCAUCUUGGUGGUGGGUUUGGAAGACAGGCAUUUAAUCUGACUGUCAUUAAUGUAAUUUGAGCACACUGGAUAACCUUUGGAAGUAAUAAAUCUUGGUUCCUAGA